CCUAGAGAACAUUUAAUAGAUGGCAUGAUAUUGAAUAUAGCUCUGAAUCAGUUAUGGCUUAUAUGAUUCCAUAUCAGAUGCCCAAACUAUUGAAAGAGCCUUGUGUAACUGGCAACCUUGACCUGAUUGUGUUGGCUUAGAAGUAAGUCCCACAGAAUUCAACUGGUCUUACUUUCAGCCCAGGAAGAUCCCUCUGCUAGAAGAAACCAGAUGCUGACGCAGUUGCCACCUCAACUCCAACCUCCCUUUCUCUCUGGUUCUGAACAGCAUGGAUAUAUUGCUGAUCUGUUACCUCUUUGAUUUUCUGCUUGCUAUUGGGUUAGGCUUGCAGUGUGAACGAUGCAGCAGCAAUACGAGUUCCUGCACUGGGGCCCCAUAUCUUUGUCCAGAAUCUGCAAAGGCCUGCCUGAUCAUUACCACAGAGAACGUUGUUGAGAAUGACCAGUGGUUCUCCACAUAUAAAGGCUGCACACAGACCAAGAACUGUCCUUCUCUUUCCAUGAGCUUCACAUUUCCUUCUCAGCAUAAGCAAAGGACAGCCAAGUGUUGCUACCGUGAUUUCUGCAAUAAAGGAAGUGUGAAAUUGGAAAAAACAAAGAAAAAACAAAAUGGACUGAAAUGUCCAGGAUGCUUUUCCAUGGUUCCAGAAUGCCAACCCACACAGAUGUUAAACUGCCACGGUCAGGAGCGCAAAUGUGUCUACAUGGGCGUGACUGUGGAACAUGAUGAUGCGAUCUACGUGUAUGCUAAACGUGGCUGUGGGACGAAGUACGCCUGCACGAAGAAAGAACGCACAUUUGGCAUUCCUGGGCUGUAUGCAGAAAUGUGGAAGAAUAUUACAUGUUCUCAAGCGGCCAGGUGA